AUGGCAUACGAGCAGGAACAUUGGAAUCGAGGCAGCAGCUACUACACUCCACGAUCAAUAGCCCCUCAUCCUGGCUAUUUCCCGACUUUCGCGCCCCAUGACUAUCCUCAGGGAGAAACUUAUGCCAUCUCCAGCAAUUCGACCAGGGCGAGGGGUCGAAGCGGUAGCGGAGCGAGUACCGCCAGCGCGGGCUACACUAUUGUCAGCCCGGCAACGGCACCCACUUCCCCUCUCCUCCUGCUGAGUGGAGCCGGAAGACAUUGUCAAGCAACACACGGUGACCAGAUCACUCAAACAGAAGGACUAACAUCAACUUCUCCUAAACAACCAUACUCUAAGCAAGUCAAGCAGGAGCCCCUGUCUGUCGAAGGAACCAAAGCAAAGUGCCUCGCUAACGUCAAGUAA